AUGCCAACAGGUGGAAUACCCAAAAUAGUUUUAAAAGAAGUUAGAUAUCGUGAAGAGCGUUCAGUCUUAUGUACACCAAGACAUGCACCGCUGUGUGCUACGUCUCUAACUGCUGGUGUUGAGGAAGAAGAGUGUCUGGUCUUUACAUCACUGCAACGUUCUGUUCUUCUCUACUCAUCGACUCCCUGCCGAGGCCCAGGAAAAGAGAUUGGUGUGAAUUGGGAAUACCAUCUUAAAAUUCCAGGAAAUGGUGGAUGUGGAUCAUUUAGAUCUGAUUCUGCCGCUAUUAUCUUUAAUGGUGCUAAUCAACAAUUUCCGUUUUUUAUAACCGAAUUUGAGAAUGAUGGGUUUGCAGUACACAAGGAUGCAGUAGUUGUGGUAGAAGAAACAGCUUUUGAAUACAAUCGAAUGCUUACAGUUGCAUACUAUCUAUCAGAGGAUGAGUGCUUGAUUUAUGCUUAUGAGGGUAAUGGUGUUACUUUCAAACUUCAUACUGGAGAUCAAGAAGCCGAUGUUGCAAGUGUUCUGAAUGAUAGUACUCGUCCAUCUAGUGCUGAUCUAAGUGCUUCCAUAGAUACAAAAGGAUCUCGUUAUGCCACUCCUAUUCGCACUUGUGGAAGAAAACCAGAAAGUAUUUAUUUAUAUCGAGAAGGUAUUUCGAAUAAUCAAUUCAAAACUGUACUAGAAUUAGAAAUAUCGGAAAUUAAAGUUCCUCCAGUAUACUAUGCUCAUAUAGCAUGCAGUAGAGCCAGGUUUUAUUCAUGGCGUGAAAGUUGGAGUUAUCAUGAUCCCGGUGAAUUUGUUAUAACUUAUGGAAUUUGUUAG